AUCGGGGCGCCUGCGCAGUCGCACUUCCUUAGGCGGCGGCCAUGGCGGGACAAGAGGAUCCUGUGCAGCGGGAAAUUCACCAGGACUGGGCGAACCGGGAGUACAUUGAAAUCAUCACCAGCAGCAUCAAGAAAAUCGCGGACUUUCUCAAUUCGUUCGAUAUGUCUUGUCGUUCAAGACUUGCAACACUAAAUGAGAAAUUGACAGCCCUUGAACGGAGAAUAGAGUACAUUGAAGCAAGGGUGACAAAAGGUGAGACCCUCACCUAGGACUGUGCCAGACUGCUGCUGGGAAGUUGCUUUACAGAACACAGGCCUACGUGGGAAAGAUCCCAGCAGCCUUCCACUUCUCUCUCCUUAAAGAGCAACAGGGCUUAUUCUUGUUUUUCUUUCUUCAAAAAUGUGGCCUUUGGGCUCUGCCAUGUUCAUCUGGCAGUGUGAUAUGGCAUGUGGGGAGAAGUCCAGGGGAACUCUUGAAAACAUUAGGCAUUUUACCUUUUCAGUAACAUUUUGUAAAACUACUUGUCAAUGUAUUUGAGGCACUCAGAGCCAAAAGCCUGGGACUCUUUAUUAAGGUGUUCUCUCUCUCUCUCUCUCUCUCCUCUCUCUCUCCUCUCUCUCUCCUCUAUCUCUUUCUCUCUCUCUCAGAUUUUCCUUACAGUUCUCAUUGCCUCUGCAUUGAUUCUAUAAACAGUCUUUUCUCCUCCCUACCUUUGUUGGGAGGUAGCAGACAGUCCUGGCUGAGAGACUCAUGCCCUGGCAAGGUGGCUGCUAGAGAAUGUUGUUGCUAAUCUACCAGUUUUUUGUCCUUAUGGGGCGGUCAAGGCCAGGUCUCCACUUGGCUUGAAGGGACAUUUUCAGAUUUUUCUUUCUGUCACUUGGGGUGUUUACCUCUGAUAUUUCCCUAAUAAACUCCUCAACUUUAUCUGACUGCUGUGAUUGUGGUGGGAGAGGAGCUAGAGAUGGGACUCCUCUAUUCCACAGAAAUCUGAUGUGUGGAAUUAUUAUUCUAACAAAACUUUCAGGUGUAGCUGCUUGAUCAAAACCUAGGUGGCUUACCAGCCCGAGCUCUCAUAUUUGGACUUUGAGCUGACUAAUUUAUCCUGGGAAUCAUUUGGUCAUUCAGCAGGUAUUUGCCAAGUGCUUACUUUGUAGAUAUGUCCCAAUAAAAGAUACAUCGUUGAAUGAAGUGUGAUGCUUACAUUCUAUUGCACUACCAGCAUUCACACAAUUUAACCACAAUCCAGGGUUUUAAAACCAGGUUUUAUAAGGUACAAGCCAAAUGUCUACUUUUUUUUUAAAGCUAAUAGUUUAAACAGAAGAAUGUAAAACUUGUCAUUUCCAAAGUUUGCAACCUUGUUCAAAGGCUUAUACAGUCACCUAGAAGUCAUUCAGUAUUGCCCCUUUCCUUUUGUCAGUCCCUGCCAUCCUACCAUGCUAAUACUACAGCUCUGGGUUGAUGAAUUCUCUAAUUUAGUGUCUGACUCCUACAAUGUACUUGGGUGCCUCUUCUUAUAUUACCCAGCUGAAUGUCUUGCAGAAGGUGGGUAAUCAAUAAAUAACAAUUGAACUGA